UUUUUGGUGGGGGGGGUCGCGAACGCGCAAAUAGGUGUUGGUUUACGUGCGCGCUCCCGCCGGCGAUGACGUCAGCUGCCGGAGCCCGUCUCAAACGUUGUGACGUGUGUUGUGGAAAUGGCCGAGGAGGGACAAACCCACAAGACAAUGUCCAGUUUUUGAACUCCGUCGAACGUCGUCUCUCCGGCGGACACGAAGGACGCUCGCGGAAGGGGGAGGGAGUUCGGAGAAACCGACGGGCGACUCGAACCGCCCCGGACCAGCGCCUUUUCUUCCCCCGGGGAGGGGGGCGCCGAGUGAGGGUUAGCGAGGGAGCCACCAUGGAGGACAUCAACUCGAAUAUUAACGCCGACUUGGAGGUGAGGAAGCUUCAGGACUUGGUCAAGCAGCUCGAGAAGCAGAACGAGCAGCUCCGGGGUCGCUCCGUGAUGAUGUCGGCGCACCACAGACCCCACAGCGCCGGCUACGAGUCUUUAUCGGCGGCGGCGACGUCGUCGGCGGCGCUGCUCUCGGGGGGCGACAUGGCCGGCUUCGCCCAAGGGGUGGGGUUCGGCUACGGCGACCUGUUGGAGAACCGCCGCUGCCGGAGCCCGCGGCUCUCCUACGACGGCGUCAGCUUCAGGAGGCCGUACGAGAGCGAGGGCGCCUCGGCCGCCACCUCCGGCUCCGCCCGGAACUCGCGGUGCUCCGAGGGCGACACGUCUAUCCUGGACCAGGUGGACGUCUUGGACCUGGAGGACUUGGACUGUUUGCACGAGGACGAAGACAGCUGGCUGUACGAGGCCAAGCUGAACAGCCCCCUGCAGAAGGCGCUGAGCCCCGUGGUGUGGUGCCGGCAGGCCUUGGACAACCCGAGUCCGGACAUGGAGAUGGCCAAGCGCUCGCUCAUCCACAGGCUGGACGUCACCAUGUCGGCGAACAAGCGGCGCAGCCUCUACGGGAGCUGCUACAACCAGCAGGCGACCUACGGGAGCCCGUACAGCUCAAACGCCGCCAGCAGCCCCUACAGCAGCGGCUUCAACUCGCCCUCGUCCACGCCCGGCAAGGUGCCCGUCGUCAGGCAGCAGCUGAUGCCCGUCAACGCAGCACACCAGCGCAACGCGGCGGCGGAAAGGAACCCGCCGGCCAUCAGCCCCCAGUCGUCGGUGGACAGCGAGCUGAGCACUUCGGAGAUGGACGAAGACUCGGUGGGCUCGUCCACCACCUACAAGCUCAACAACGUCAACGACGUUCAGAUCCUGGCGCGUAUGCAGGAAGAGAGUCUGAGGCAGGACUACGCCGCCUCGGCCUCCCGACGCAGUUCGGGCUCGUCCUGCCACUCGCUGCGCCGCAGCACCUUCAGCGACCAGGAACUGGACGCGCACAGCCUGGAGGACGAGGAGGAGGCGGUGCACCCGGCCUUCCACCUGUCCGCCAACCGCUUCAGCCCCUCCCCCCGCCACUCGCCGCGAGCCUCCCCGCGGAACUCGCCGCGCUCGCGCUCCCCGGCCCGCUCCGUGGACUACGGCCACGGCCGCGGGUCGCCUCAGCCCGCCGUCAGCCGCCUGCAGCAGCCGCGUCACUCGCUCCAGGGCCACGACACGCAGGCCAGUGCGGUCAAGAACGAAGAAAAGCUGCGUCGUAGUCUUCCCAACCUGACGCGCUCCAACGCGGCGCCGGCGCCGGCCCAAGGCCCGGAGCCCGUCAAGAACAGCCGGAGCUGCGAGUCCAACCUGCAGCUGCCGAACGGCGGCUCUCCGAGGCACCAGAGCCAAUCAGCUCCAGCACCUCAGCUCCCGAGACACUCGACCCCCAAAACCAAACAGCACCUCCAAAGCCCGACUGCCCGGCGAGUCCCGCUCUCCUGUUGCUUCGGCGACGAAGGUGACUUCAUCCCGCCGUCCAGCAAGCUGCGGGCGCCGGCCGCGCCCUCGCCGCUGGCCUUGAGGCAGCCCGUCAAGACGACCGCCAUCCCCGCCGCCGCCGCCACGCCAGGCCGCUCCCUGAUUCCGCCUCGCAGCGGCCUGCCUCGCCCCAGCGCUGCGGCGGGUAGCGGCGGCAUCCCUCUUCCCCGCAGCAAGUUAGCACAACCUGUGCGCAGAAGUCUGCAGGCUCCUCGCGUCUACAGCGGCACCAGAGACAGCUUGAGGGAAAGCUACUAGCUGCUUGCCCACCAGAGGGCGCCCUAGCCAAACUGUCAGAAGUCAGACCGCAUGGCACUUUAUCUACCUUCAUGACUCUUACGUCACGAUGUCCCAGGAAUAUUAAUGAAAAACAAAAAAACUAUCCAGAAUUCAGAAAAGGAAGACUUCUUCCAGAGAGGCCCGCGAGAACGCCAAAGAACAAAGUCAGCCUUCUCCGCCAUGGAUGCCACCCCAGAGGGCUCAUUUUCAAUUUUUCCUCCUCCUUUGCGCCUUCGUACGCGUCGGCGGGGAACCUCAGAGACGACGACGGCGACGCGAUCGCUGCCGUCACUUCGGCGGGAGACGUCGAUGACGACGCCGCGCCAGACUCUCAAAAAAAAAAGGCGAAAUCGCCUUGCCCGUGUGUCCCGCUCGUCGAAAACGACGCGCGACCAAACAAAAAAAAAAAAGAAAAAGCACCCCUGACAGAAUGCACAAUUUUAAUUUAUUACUUUAAUUAUUUGUGAGGAGCCUCGCUUGUUUUGACACUUAAAAAGUGCGUAUGUAGUGAUUGAGGGAGUUAUCUCGACGCGGCGAUGCGGACGGGUUGUCGUCGACAAGUUCUGGCCCAAAGCACUGGAGUACAUAAUUUGCUACGUCCAAGGAAUCUGGGAGUUAUGAAAACUACAAGCAGAAAAAUGUCCAAAAUAAUCACCACUGAACAGAGCUAAAACGUGCACACGCGAUGGAGACUGUUGGAUGGUCUUCCUCCAACCAGGGUGAAACGUAGCCCCUCCCAAAUAUGGAAAGAUCAUAAAGCAGUCAACUUCUAUACCAAUUACUACUUUCCUCGGGGCACUUUACGGCGUGACAGAACAGCACAAAUAUGCGCCGCGAACGUGGCCCGACGACAACUGAGGAUCCUUUCAGAUGCCACAGGUCCAUAUCAGUAUUGAAUUAUUAUUAUUAUUUUUUUAAACAUUUUUUUCAUGCACAUUUCAACCUCAAUUUCCAUCGCUAAUGCUCCAAAGCAUUUUUUUAAAUGUUUCCAAAGGCUCAACUUGAGUUUUUUUUCUUUUUUCUUAAUGUAAAACAUGAAGUGCUUUGAUUCUUCCGGUUACAGUUCAGGUCUGGAAAAAAAACGUCAGGCUGAUCCGACAAUACGUUGACUAUUGAGCUCGUGCACCUACGUUACCGAAAUCACGUCACCGGCCGGCAGUGUCGGUCUAACAAAGCAUUCUUCAAUGCUAAGUCGGUUGGAGACGACGCGAAAAUACAUCUUACAGCACGACGUCCAGAGUUUUUUCUGACACUGUUAAACAUUUAGAAGGUGAUAAUAAACGAAGGUACGUGGAAAAAUGAGAGCCACUCGGCAAAGAGGACCCAUACUUAAUCCCAAAGUCGAUGUUUUCGCUGAUAAGAAAUUGGAUUGUUAACUUGCUUCCGCUUGUCUUGGAUCUACACAUGUAUCUGGUGAGUAAGUCGUCGAGAUUUACACGGAAGAGUAUAAAAGCGUACAAAAGUCUGGACGCAUGCAAAUAGUUGGCUGCUGGAUCUGUUCUCAAUCAAGAAUAAAUCCCACAAAGUGAUGGAGCCACUGGGAUUUUUUCAAUACAAAUACCAAUAUUUAAAUAAAUGACUCCUGGUUUUACACAAACUCGCAUUCUUUAACUAUGAUUGGGAAAAGAGUCAGCUCUUCCGUACACGUUAAACUUUGGUGAACUUCUCCGUGACAGAUGUUUAUUUUUUUUAAAUAUGCAUUGUUCUAAAAUGAGUCAAUUGCGUAUUUAAAAAAAGAAAAUAGAUUGCUGGGAUAGGCUUCAGCCCCCGUACACGAAAGCGCAUUGCGACCACACAUUAACUUCAGUAAAUCUCUGUGUGACCAACGGUUUAUUUUCUUUUUUUAAAUACACAUUGGACUCAUUUCAGAACAAUGCAUAUUAAAAAAAAAAAAAAAAAAGUCUGUUUGGGAGAGGUUUACUGAAGUUUAACAUGUGGCCCCAACACGCUUCCGUGUACGUUGGAGACGACUCCCUGUUGUUGUUUUUUUUUUUUUGGGCGUUAUAAAUACUUUUUAGUAAUUUGAGAUUUGGAAGAAUAAUUCCUACCUGAAGUGAAGUGAUCGCUACACAGUCGUGUGUAUUUGGUUGGCCACCAUCCAUUGCGUUUAAUUGCCGAAAUCCAUCGAUCUUUUCAGCUGGUAUUCCAUAGAAUUACCUCUUUGAAUAUCUGUCUCGUCUGUUAAAAAAAAAACAAAAAAAAAUCAAACAGCAUAACAAGUCUCGGGCAUUGUGAAUAUUCUGCUCCGGUUCAACGUCCCCCACGCUGUCUUUUUGACCGGCAAUAUUUCGCCGUGAAAAUGGUGACGUCACGUGCACGAGCUCUUACGGGAAGACCUCUGACCCUGACUUCGCUUCCUUUUUACCGUUGACAGCCGUGAUUGUUAUGAUGACGCCGAAUUAGCGGGCAAGAUGGCCAAACUCGGCCAAUUUGCCCCCCCCCCCCCCAAAAAAAAAGUUAGCUUGUGCCAACUUUAGACUUUAUAACAUUUCAGCCAAUUAAAAUAAAAGGGGGACAUAUUAUCAUAUUAUGACUGGCGUGCCUACCCACACAUUAAGUAAUGAAGUGCUGCCUCCACAAGUGAAAAUGCAAUCCAUACUUUGUCUUUUGGAGGGAGGGGGCUUAGUUAUAGCCGUGAAGAGACAAAACAGGUGUGCUGUAACUGUUGAUCCUUAAGAUUAUUUUCACACAGAUGUUUUAAUAUUAAUAAAGAAGAAAAGCACAUUAAUGAAAAUAUAUGCAUAAUAUGUCCCCUUUAAUCAUAAUGUCAUCCGUGCAUUGAAAAAAAAGGUGUGUGGGGGGGGGAUUAUUGGAAUGAUUCAAUUUGUGUGCUAGUGUUGGUAGUCGUCGGUGUGGUGGCUCAUUUAUGAAUUAGUGCCUCUGAUUUGAAAGUGUCUGUAUUAUUGUUUUAUUUUUGGUGCCAAUCUAUGGUUUUGCAAAGGCUUUAUUCAUUUGCCUGCCUGCCUCCCUAUUUUUGUAAUGGAAAUGAAUUACAUUUAUGAUUAUAAUUGCUUUGAGGAAGAAAAAAAAGUUUGACUUUGCGCCUUCAUAUUUAUAGCUAAUGUGUAAAUUAAGAAUUAUUUAUUCAAAGGAGAAAAAAGGUGCCUCGAACAGAAAAAUGAGAAACUGGACAGAAUGUCCAAAUGAAAAAAAAAAAAAAAAAAAAAAAACAACCAACAACAGCAACCACACCUUUUGUGUGACACUUUUUGUUUUUGUUAUUUGAUAUUUUUUAAAAGCCACAAACAUGUUUUUUUCCCUGUGUAAAAUCACAUUUCAAAUAAAAACUCAAAAAUCGAUUUUUUUUUUUUUUUUGCAUUGUUCUUUCUCCACAUUUCAAAUAUUACAGAACAGUUUUCAAACUACAACCAAAAACUGCUUGGCUCUUUUGGACAUUGCCAUUACUUUUUUUUAACCUCUAUUUUUUCAAGUUUUUAAAAAGUCCAUUAUGGUGCAAUAAUAUAUAUUCAAACAUUCAGUGCCAUUGACGGCUCUCAAAGUCAAAUAUCAACGUUAACUGCGAAGGUUGGCAGUAUUUUGUCUGUCUCGACAAAGUACACAGUUUGUCCUUUGAGUGACUUUGAACCACCGAGUAAGCGUACGAAUAGUAAUCAAGAUGGAAUUUCUUUCUAGGAACGCACGAGGGAAGCUGCUUUUCUGAUCAGCAUUGAACUUGUGUUUUCGUUCACAACCCGAGAUACAUUUUCAGAAAACAUCAACUGCAAUAUUGGGUUUGAUGAACUCAUCAUCAUCAUCAUCAUCAUCCAUUCGGUUUUGGAAAACACACCAUAGAUACCGUAAUUCCCGGCCUACAGAGCGCACCUGGUUAUAAGCCUCACCCGGUACAUUUGUAAAGGAAAUACCAUUUGGUACAUACAUACGACGCAUGUGUGCAUAAGCCGCAAGUGCCCGCAUUGAAACCCACAUCAAAACACGAGAAAGGUACGUAGAGAGUUUAACGCUAGCGCCUCGCUAACAGGACCGGUUAAAAAAAACAUACCGACACAUGGCAGUACAACACUAGCGCAGCGCUAACAGGACUGGACCGGGAAAAGUCUGAUGAACCUUGUGCACGUUUUAAAAGCAAAGAGGAUUUCGUACUUGAUGAAGCUUUUAGUAUUUGCAAACAAAGACAAUUUUGUAUUUGUAAAGAUAAAAGGCAACAGUCCCAUGAUUUUUUUUGUGUGCGCUAACGUACGACAAUUUACUCUUCAAUGAAGCUCACGUAAAUUUUUUUUCCGUCUUUGACAACCUUAAAUCCGUUUUUCCACAAACAUAAAAGACAAUUGAGGGAAAAAUUUGGCCUUCCAUGGACAUUCCAAACAAUUUCAUAAACACCAUCAAAUCUGUUUUUUUUCUUUUUUUUUUUUAAAUCGUGAAAAUCGAGGGAGGAGAUUUUUGUCUUUAGCAAAGCGUACAUACUUAUUUUUAAAUAUCGAGGACAAUUUAGUUUUUCACGAACGAAUAUUGUAUACGUACUUUUAUAAACAUCUGAGAAUCUCAUUUUUCAUGAACCUUGCGUACACGUUUUCUUAAAUAAAGACAUUUAGGAAAGAUGAGACGACUUAAACUGGUGCAGAUGUUGCUUAUGAACGUUGACAACAAUUUCGGGAAGACUCUUUGAUGGCUGUUACGCGCAUCUUUUCUUCAACAUCAAAACAAUUUGAUAUUUGCAGUCUUUGAUAUACAUUGAAUACUUUUUCAUAGACCUCAAAGACAAUUUUGUCUACUUUGGACCCUGCAUAUUUUUUUGCUGUAAUAAUUAAUAAAUUACAAAUUGCUGCACCAGUUUAGGAGAGCCAAUCAAGUCUCGGGUGGAUCUUUCGAGCCAGGUUUUUCCUCAACAUCAAACACGACGGAGUCCAAAACGCUAAAGCCCGUUGACGGCGUUUGGGAGGGACGCGAGUGUUGUUAUUAAAAAAGCUGCGACGACGAGCGCACGUCCCCAGCCGGCGUCGUUUCCAGAUUGGCAUCGGAUCAAAAUGGUCUCAUUCAUCAGUCGUGAUUUGGAUGCGCUGGCGCUCGCUCGCUCGCUCGUAUUGCGGCGGUGACAUCAUCAACCGAUCGGAAGUCGUUGCGGUCGACUGUUCCCAGCACCGAGUAGAAGGUGAUUAUGGAAAGCUGCUUCAGCAUCUAUCUGCUCAAGGUCCAUGCUACUAGUGCACUUUGUCCUCACUAGUAAGACAACACAGAACACAUGUAACAUUUUUUCCCAUUACCGUCUUAUAUUUCUACAGACUCGUAGGACAACUUUGGCAUUUUGCUUCUGCUAAUACACUCCAGGAGGCUACUCGUGUGGGUGACGUGUACUAGUUGGGGCUAGUUGUACUAUUAUUUCAGCAAAGUAGUUCACUUGUAAUGUUUGAUUGCAUACUUGUAGGCCACAAGUUGUACUAGUGUUUUUAAGCUAGUCACAUACUUUAUGCCAGUGCACUAGUUGACAGCUGUAUGCUUAGUACUAGUGAGUCACUGAUAGUGUAGUGGUACACACCCCUGCCUUUGGUGCUGGAAGCGUGGGAUGGAAUCCCGCUCAGUGAUGGUGUCGAUAUCUGACCUGGGACUGACUGGCGACCAGUUCAGGGUGUAGUCUGCCUUUCGCCCAAAGCUAGCUAGGAUAGGCUCCAGCUUUCCAGCAACCCUUGUCUGGAUAAGCGGCUUGGAUAAUGAGAUGAGUGGUACUAGUAGUAAACAGUUGUCAACUAGUGCACUGUUUAGCGAUGCACCAAGUGACUUGUAGUUCUACUAGUGUGUAGAAAUGUAAGACAGUAAUGGGGAAAAAAAAGGUUACAAGUCACUCAUAAUACUAGUGCACUGAAGUGACAGAUUGUACUAGAACAUGAACCUUAGGCUGCAUAACAAGAUGUGGGAUAAAUCCUCAAAAUAUUUUCCAUACUAGUAGCGCAUAAAUGCCAACAAGAUGACGGUUUUGCUUGACGGGUAACCUGCGGUUGUCUACUAGUACACCAAAGCUGUCCAACAAGUGAGGGCAAAGAGCGUACUAGUAGUAGCCUACGUGGACUUUAAGAUGUGUAUGGAGGAAAUGGGACGGGGGCACAAGCAAGCAUCAUUCUCGCA